UUAAUUCUGUAAGAAAAAGGAACAGAAGGAAUAUCCCAAAUUCUCCACAGCCCGUGAAGGCAGCAAUAAUGUGUACCCCUAAGCUUUAUAGAGAACAACAGCACGUGACAACAGCAGCUGUCGGAUUGGCUUUGAGCUUUCACGUGACAGUAAAUUACGCGUUUGAUUGGUUCCUUGCUGCUUCGUUUACACUUUCCCCCCCGCAACAAAUAAGUGUGGAAGCUAGCAGGAGGAAGACGGGACUUUUAGCAGUUAAAAUGACGAAACGACCGUGUCCGUUUCCAGAAACAUUCUCAUCGCAGUACAAAAUGCAUAUCGGACAGCAGGAACUGAGGAAUUAUGGCGUGUUUGGUAACAAAUGCAGGCAUGAAAUUUAUGAAAAAACAAAGACGUUGCUCUUUAACGGUGCCAAGGCUGUGAUGGGCAAAAUAUGCACUGGUGAGGAGACCUGCAGAAACCUCCGGCCCAAAGGACCAGCUCAGACACCUGCAUGCACCCAGAUGCUGCUGAGGGGACAGACACUCAUUAGACCUGAUGGGAGACUGACAAGAGUAAACGCUGCACAGGCUUUUGCAGGCUUGACCACUAAGCCUAUAAUAUUCUCCAGUCAUGUGUCUCCAAGAAGAAGCCAUAAGUCAACUGCUAGAUGCCUGCUGGCUGAGCGCUGACAUGCAGCAGGACAGCAGCAUCACAUCUGUGUCUACAUUGCUUACAAUGGUUACCUGUUGGUUUUCACUUUGAUUAUAAUAUAAUUUUACUAAGUAGAGUGCAAGACAAAAACCUUUUCUCCUGGUCAUCUGAAUACCCCCUUUCUUUUGCAAUGUUUUACUUUUUUAAAUUUGUCGUUUUUAUGGUUUUCCUUUACUUUGAGUUGUAAUAUUUUAUUUUUAUAUUUUUGGAUUUUUCUCUUAACUAAAAAGUGGUAAGUCCCUUGAAUGUAAAGGUCAACACUCAAAAUUGCUCAUACAAAUAAAGCUCUGAAGCAAAAAAAAAAAAAAAAAA